GUUUGCUUUCCUCCUUGUCGUCCUCAUCAUCGUCACCUCAUUCUCCCGGCCAUCCAUGCACGUCCAUCUCAGGCUCCUCUCUUCAUCUUCACACAGCCCGACCAUAUAUGCUCUGCCGUCCGCCGAGCAGGUGCACGCGACGUAGGCUGGCCGCGCUCAGUCGCCUCGUCGCUCCAGGCAUAGCAAGCACUCGCCAGCUCCUUCAUUCUCAAGCUCUGUACAUCGCGUUUGCGCCCUCCUCUGGGCUAGAGGUCCGUCUUGGGGGCAUGCGACACGCAGAUCGAUCUUUUCCAUCUGUCAGACGCUCUCAUCUCUCAUCAAAUUGGGUCAAAUUGUCACCAUGCCAAAGCCUACCCGCCUUGGCCUCAAUCCUGAGCCGGCUGCUCCUUCCACUUCGAGAGCAGCAAGGAGCCAGUCCCUCCCCAGCAUGACAGGUCGUCUCGCACACUUGCCCUUCUCCAUGGGUUUCACAACUCCCCGGUCGCGACUCAGGCAAACAUGAAGCCAGUCAUGAGCGCACUGCUAGCUCUCAAGCAGGAUGGUAAACCCAGGUGAUACCGGAGCUUUCAUCCUUACUAGCAGCCAUUGAGCGCCUUC